CACAUGGGCCGAUCCAGCCCAUGAUGCCGGAAGGACACGCGGCCAUUCCUUCCUGAUGCUUCGCGACUCCCGCGGUUCCGCCUCGUCGCCGUCUGCAAUGGCGACGGAGGCACUCUCGCGCCGCCUGGGCGCGGCCGUGCGCGGGCUCUGCGGCGCGUGGUACGGGCGCCACAUGGCUGCCGCCGACCGCGCUAUCCGCGCUCGCCUCCCCCUCGUCGACCUCGUCCUCGAGGUCCGAGACGCCCGCGUACCGGCCUCCUCGGCGUUCGAGCCUCUCCGCCGCCGCGCCCUGGAACGCGACAGCCGCCGGGUCGUCGUGCUCAACAAGGCCGACCUGGCAGAUCCGUCCGAAACCGAGAAAUGGGUGGCGUACAUGAAGCAAAGGAGCUGCCCGUGCGUCGCGGUUAAUUCGCACAGCCGGGAAAGCAUCAAGGAGCUGUUGAGUGUUGUGCGAUCGAGGAUCAGGGAGAUCAAGCUUGGCGAGAGUGAUUGCGCGGGAACUGUUCUCCUGGUUGGGAUUCCUAAUGUUGGGAAGUCGGCCAUCGUUAACGCGAUGCAUCAAAUUGGGAGGAUCGGUGCAGCAGAGAAGGGAAAGCUCAAGCAUGCAAUUGUGAGCAGCCAUCCUGGAGAAACCAGAGAUAUAAGUGGAUACAAGGUUGCUAGUCAUCCGAAUAUAUAUGUGUUAGACACUCCUGGUGUUCUGUCACCUAGAUUUGUGAAUGAUGAUUCUGGCUCCAGACUAGCAUUGACAGGAGCGAUCAAGGACUCCUUGUUAGAGGAUUAUGAUACUGUGCAGUUUCUUCUUGCAAUUGUGAACUCGAGGGGGGAAUAUAGGAAGUGGGAGAACUUGAAUCAAAUGGGAGAUCACUUUUCUUGUGGUAAUGCAAUUACCUCCACGAGUCACAAGAAAAGGCAAUAUGUUUCAGAUCAUACCCAGGAUUUUAUUGUGAAGGCUGUACGCCAAGUGCUUUUUGAGACUAUAUCAUCGUUUAAGGGGGGUCUAGGAGAGGAGGAUGGGUUCAGAAGAUUGAUAGACUGCCAAUUUGUAUCCUUGCAGGAGGCUUUCAAGGUUUCCACUGAAUCAAGUGAGGAUGUGCAUAAACAUGUUGCUAUGAAAAUACUCAAUCUCUACCGUACAGGAAGGCUUGGCCAUUACACUUUAGACCAUGUUCCAGAUGUCCGGCAGGAAGAUGUUGCAUAAUUGUGCAGCAAAUCAAAAUAGUGACGGCGUGCAGCACAAAAUAGUGACGGCGGACAAAAUGAUUACUAGAGGAUGGCAAGUCAGCUAAUCGUGCAAGCUCUGCAACACAACCAGAGAAAUGGCAGUGCACCUGACGGUAAACUGCAGCUACUCCAAAGAGGUGUCGCAGAAAGUGGCAAAGUGGGAACAAAUGCAGAGACUAAACAUUUAUCAUGACAUAACAUGUCAAAUGUUUGGUGGACCUCCAUUGUCGCAAAUGCACCAAGGCAGCAAAAGGAGGAUUUAUUUCGGAUACCAAUAUGCAAUAUGGAAAAAGCGCAACAGGCGGGUCUUAUUGAGAAGAGUUCAACUCAUAAAGAGAUUUCAGGCUCAUGCAGCAAGACAUCAAAUUGUUGAAGCUUGGAACGGGAGAAGUCAGCACAGUAGGAUAACUCGGUGUAGCCAAUGAGAAUUGAAGCUUUCGAUGCCUGCUUAUCAAGAACAUUGUCGCCCUUGUUUUGUCCUCGGAAAUACUCGUUCACACAAGCUACAACCUUUCGUGGUAUUGUUAAUGAGAUUUGGUUAGCUUUUGAAUUGAAACCAGUAUCUGGAAUGCGGACAAAAAUUCGACAGUCCACAGUGUUGAGGAUUUCCGCGAUUUUGGCUUGGCUACAGCUCGUCUUAUGCAAAGGUGGCAGUUCUUAGGCCCACUUUGGAAUGGAGGAAAAUUGUAGGAAUUUUGGAGGAUUCUCCUGUAAGAAAAUUUCGUAUCAAGCUUUUUGGAACACAGGAUUGGUCUUCUCAAAAUCCUACGAAAUUACUAUGGAAUAGCUUGAUCCAUAGGAAUUUUAGAGGAUUUCUAGCAUGAGGUCUAACCUCAUGUGAAAAAAAAUCAUUUGUAUCUAUCUCUUAUCUAAUUUCUGUGUUUUUCUUAUGCUCCGUUCAAACGAUUAUUUCUACAGUUUUUUAAAGGGACUUACUAGUAAUUUGUA